AUGUCCCGCUCCAAGGACAACCUCGCCGCCCCCGCCUUCACCUCUGACCGUCUCAAUGACCUCAUCAUCAAAGAUCACGUGCCCAUCAUCCUCGACCUCGACUCACCGUCCUACAACGCCUGGCGCACCUACUUCGGGCUCCUGAUUCGCUCCUACCGUCUCGUUAAGCACGUUGAUGGGAGCGUUGACAUCCGUGAUAUGAAGUACGAUGACGAGUGGCUGGCCGUUGACGCUUGCAUCGUCAAGUGGAUCUUACGCACUGUCUCGCGGGGCAUCUUCGACAUGGUCAACACCCGUGACCCCUCGACACACGCCAUCUGGACGCGGGUGUGCGACCUCUUCCUCUACAACCAACUCCAGCGUCACGUCUUCCUCCAAGGUGAGUUCUUCACGCUGCAACAGAACGAUGUCUCGAUCGAUGACUACUGUACGCGGCUGAAGGUGCUUGCCGAUGAGCUUCGUGAUGUCGGCAUGACCAUUGACGACUCCGUCCUCCUCACCGACCUCCUUCGCGGCCUCCACCCUGACCUCGGCCAGUCCGCCGCCAACCUCUCCCUCAUCACGCCGACGUACGCCAAGGCGGUCACCUACCUUCGGAUGAAGGAGAAGCGCCUCCGGCACUCCACGUGGCAGGCGACCCAUAUGGCGUUGCACGCCGGCCAUACCAGCGGCUCCGGUGCCGCUCCACCAGCUCUCUGGGCCCUUGCCCUGGUCCCGCCACCCGCGCCCGCGCCUACUGCCGGGCGGAACUAG